UCUGUAUUAUUUCAUAUAUAUUUAAAGUGCAUUUAGCAAUUUUGGCCAAUCCACAAUAUCCCAAGUAAGACGAAUUGAGACAAAACCGUACAGAUAUAUCUUUUUAUUAACACAAGCGCCAAGGCAGCACUUUUAGAAACACGUGUUAAACCAUUAAUUUCUUAUCUUAUUUAGUAGCUGCUAUGAUUUUAUGUAUGUCAGAUCCUGAAAACAAUGUCUUCCUCGAAUAAAGUAUGUUUUUAUUCAAAAGCAUUAGCACAGUGACAAUACGCUUUAAUCAACGACCUUCGCCAGCUUUACAGACAGAAGAAUUAAGUGCUUGAGUUAUUGAGUCUGAGAUUUUUUUUUCAAAAUUUACCCUCUGAUUGAAGUGACACUGUCGGCUCUGCAUUUUGCUAACGUUCAAGUAGAGUUUUCCUCUGCAGCGAAGUACCUCAUUUUUUACCUUAAAAAUAACUCGAUUCAGCUACGUACAAAUGCCAUAGGCACUUCAUUAUAACAUCAACGAUCUGCUUUUUAUGGGGGUUUUGAUAAACCAGUAAGUGUAGGGAGAAUGAGUAACACUACACAUGCGUGAUGUUGCCUUCCUUUUCAGAUUUCCGUAAAAGGUUUAAUUACUUUGAGAUUUGAAAUUACAAUGGAAAAUGACAAUGUAUCUUGCGUCAAGCAGACAACCUAAAUUAUCGACGUAAUGCACUGCUAAGCUUCUCUCUUCUUGAAAUAGUAAGAUCAUUCCAAUUUCAAAUAUUGCAAGUUGUUUUUAGCGAAAAGGGCGGAAGAGGCGUGUAAAUUACAAACACGUCAACCAUAUGCAUCUACCACCCUGCCAAGACUAUCGGCUGUGACUUUCAACGGUCCGGUGAUUUACUUUGCGAGCAGGACGGAGGACUUCACACGAUAAUUAAUUACUGCCUAAAGUGAAUCUCAAAGGGAUCGUGGGUGAGCCUGCCCUGGCGCCGCCUGCCGCCAGAAAAGGCGGCACAAUCGUAACAUUGAUAACGACGCUGUUGUCUAUCAAAAAUGCUUUGAUAAGCUUGCUCAGGACUUCCGCUAGCCAGCUAAUUGGCCAUGUUCGUCGAUGCGGUAACCAGGGUAUGACUUUGCCGGUUAGCGCGCGAUCUUACUCUGUUGGCGAAGAUAACCCAUACUUUGCGAAGUAUGCAUCCAAAUUAAAGAAACUAGAAGAACAAAAUCCAGAGGAAUUUCUCUAUCGGGUAAAGGAAGCGGGACGAAAACACCGCAAGAAAAUUAUCGUUAACGCGGACGGAACGGUACCUGAAGAUGACGGAAUUCUGAAUUCUGAAGCUAUCCCGCGACAAACAAGGGAGCCGCUGCAUGUUGAAGAGCCUGGCGAGCUAGAAAAACUUUCAUUAGCAGAUUUGACGGAUGUAUGGAAGAGGCGACAUCUCAACAAGGACGCAAUCUGCGGUGUGGUACCCGUCGACAUGUUCGAGACUAUGGCGAAACGGGGCUUAGAGUUUCCCCUCUUCGUCUACCCCGUUCCACGCGGUGACGGAUACGAAAUAUAUUUCGGUCAGGUUGCCAGCGGUGGAUUGGAGGUUCAUUUUACUCCCUUAGCGGAAUAUCAUAGGCAUCAAAGCGAAGCUCCUGCUAGUCUGAGACUGAAAUUUUUUUCAGAUUUCAAAAAGAAACACGGUGUGAUACUUAUGGCUGGAGAAUAUAACGGAGAGGUGAUUGGUCCCGAGCACGCACAGUGCCUCGCUAACCAGCAUCAGAUCUACUAUGGCUCUUCUGAACUAAAGCGAAAACUGUUGCUUUGGAAUUUCAACCGGGAACCAAAGUCGUUUAACUAUGAAGUGUUAAUUGAUGAGUUUGACAAAACACUCGGGAAACUUCAAGAGGGUCAAAUCAUCAACUAAUAAUGUAGCCAAUAACUGUUAAUAAAUAAUCGAGCUCUA